AUGUAUACAAAUGCAGACAAUAGAGCUGAUUCCAUCAACAGUGAUCAUACAUAUCAAGAUCUUUACCCAGUCAAGACCCAGACGCCCAGAAGCAGCAAUCAAUCUAAGAACUCAGGGAACAGAUUGACUACAGUGUGUCUGGUGCUGCUGUGUGUUCUCCUGCUGAGUGGCAUCACAGUGCUGUGGAUCAAAUACAACAACGUGACUACAGAAAGAUGGAGAUUUUUUAGUUCGAGCAUUUACUACGUUUCGUCUGAUAAGAAGAAUUGGAAUGACACCAGGAAGUACUGCAGAGAGAGAGGAGCAGACCUGGUGAUCAUAAACAGUGCUGAAGAACAGGCGUUCAUCAGUAAAUAUUAUGGAAGCGAUCAAGCUUGGAUUGGUCUGACUGACAUAGUCAGAGAGGGUGAUUUUAAAUGGGUGGACGGCUCACCACUGAUCACUGCGUUCUGGUCGAACGAUGAACCCAACAAUGCUGUGGUAGAAGAGGACUGUGUUAUAACAGCCUCUAGAUUUGCUGAACACAACAUAUUGACAUGGAAUGAUUUCCCAUGUGACUUCUCUGCAGUUGGGAUUUGUGAGAUGAAAUUAUUUAACUGAGCUCACUGAAGUCAACAGUCGAAACUGAUUAAAUCAGUAUGUGUAUGUUAACUAUCUUUUGUUAAUAUGGGUCUUUAAAUUAAGUUGCAUGCAUGCUAAAAGUUAAAGAUGAAUGUUUUAUUAAAAUGUGAGUUGCAGUUUGGCAAGAGUUACUCCAAUGCAAUAAAUGUAGUAAAAGCCAAUUGAGAACUAAUAAUAUUACAAGCAAAAAAUAUUUAGGAAGUAUUUGUAAAUGAGUAAGCUUUACAACAAUUGUCCAAAGGCAAAGACAAUGAACAACUUGCCCCACUGUGCGAAGAAUAGAAUUUUGUACACUUUUAAUUAGCCCUAAAUACUGUAUUAUAAAUUUGAACUGUGUCAUCAUCAACUACAUCAACUCAUUUGAAAUAUAGACAAUUCACAUUAUUUCUACCGACUUUACGACAUGAUUCACACAAAACAAAAUUAUAACAUUAAACACUUUGUUCUCCUCUAGAAAGAUAUCAGGCUGUCAUUAUUCAGAACAACAUGUGUUGUUAGAUCACUGUAUAUAAAUUUGUAUAAUCAAGAAAUAUGAGAAUGUGGGGAAAGCUAAAUGUAAAAAGUUAUUGUUCAUUCAUAUUGUGUGUUUGUGAUAAUGUAGGUUAUCAGUAUUUUCCUAAUACCAAGUAGUCUAGAGACAAUUAACAAUUAGGUAGUAACAAUAACAGUGAUUUCUCUUUAUUAUUAUUUGUUUAAUAUUUAUUUUUUUAAUAGAAAUUAUAAAGAUGGAAUAACCAUUGU